AUGGGGGGACUUCAGCAAGACUUUUUGAGGCUGCUCCGCCGACCUAGCACUCCGAGAAGGUUCCCAUGCCUCAUGACAGGCUCUGGUAAUAGGAGAUAUUCCAUCAAGACAGGCCCAACAAGGAAGGAUCGAAUACCGCUCUCUCGCUGGAAUGCUCAACCGGGACCGAUGCCACCCAGGGGCGUUGCGUCUUGCCGCUGUCAGAGCACGCUCAAUGUCCCGGAUGCAGAGGCAUUCCAGUUCAACGCACCCUCCAGCCGACCCCUCUCCGACAUAACGAUCGUCGCCCUCGAGCAGGUCAUCUCCAUGCCUCUCGCGACCCGCCAUCUCGCCGACCUCGGGGCUCGGGUCAUCAAGAUCGAGCGGCCCGGGACGGGGGACUUUGUGCGGCACCACGACAAGCGCGUCCGCGGGAAACUCUGCAGCCACUUCGUGUGGACCAACCGCAACAAGGAGUCUCUGGCGUUAGAUAUCAAGGAGCCGCGCGACAUGGAGGUGCUCCGGAAGUUGGUCUGCGAGAAGGCCGACGUGUUUGUUCAGAACCUGAGGCCCGGCGAUGCCGAAAAGAUGGGACUGGGCUACGAAGACAUGAAGGCCAUGAUGAAUGCCGCGUAUCCCGGGGAAGCGAGGGGCGACAGGUUGAUCUAUGCGUCGAUCAGCGGGUACGGAGCCAACGGACCGUACGCGCACAAGAAAGCGUACGAUUUACUCGUGCAGGCGGAGGCCGGGUUGGUGAGCAUCACCGGCACCAAGGACGAGAUGGCCAAGGUAGGAUGCUCGAUAGCGGAUAUCGCAGCGGGCAUCUAUGCAUACAGCAGCAUUUUGGGGGCAAUCAUCCAAAGACAGAAGACCGGGAGGGGAUGCGAGAUCGACGUCUCCAUGCUGGAGUCACUGGUCGAGUGGAUGGGGUUCCCGUUGUACUAUGCGUUUGAAGGCCAAACGGCGCCGAAACGCGCGGGCGCCGCUCAUGCGAGCAUCUACCCCUACGGCCCGUUUUCGACCGGCGUCGCACCGGACGGGAGCCUGGGCGCGCAGGUCAUGCUCGGCGUGCAGAACGAGCGGGAGUGGAAGAUCCUGGCCACCGAGGUCCUCGAGCGCGGGGAUCUGACCACGAACCCCAAGUUCCAGGACACGGCCUCGCGGAGUGACAACCGGGCCGAGCUCGAAGCGAUCAUCAGCGGCAUCUUCGCCUCGUGGGGAGGCGGCGCCGAGGAGGUCGUCAGGCGGCUGGAGAAGGCCGGCAUCGCGAACGCAAAGGUCAACGACAUGCAGGGUGUGUGGGAGCAUGAACAGCUCGCGGCGCGGAAGCGGUUCAGGCAGGUCGACACUGAAGUCGGGCCCAUCCAGGCCUUCCUGCCGCCUGGGAUGAGCUCCGAUCUGGACGCGCGGAUGGAGAGGAUCCCCGCGGUGGGAGAGCACAAUGAGAAGAUAUUGAGUGAGCUGGGCGAUUCAAAGGCAAAAAUAUAG